AUGAACGGUGCCUUGUGCCUGUGCGUGCUGAUGGCUGUCCUGGUGGCGGGCGCCCUGGCUCAGUCCGUGCCUCCCGCGGACCCCGCGGGCCCCUGGGCGCAGCAGGAGGACGAGGCCCCGCGGAGACAGCUGAGGGCCGUGCGGAGAGUGGACGACGAGCCCCGAGCGCACCUGGGCGCGCUGCUGGCCAGGUACAUCCAGCAGUCUCGGAAAGCUCCUUCUGGUCGAAUGUCUGUAAUCAAGAACCUGCAGAGCCUGGACCCCAGCCACAGGAUAAGUGACCGGGACUACACUGGCUGGAUGGAUUUCGGCCGGCGCAGUGCCGAGGAGUAUGAAUACACCUCCUAG